GUGUAGGUGGACUGGUGGAGCAACUCUCAUUAAAAAUAGAAGAAAAUAGGAGUCUCCCCAGCUGAGGGGAUCUCUCUAAAAAAAAAGAGCAAUCGAAAUCGUAGCCAUGUAUUUCCUCCAACUCCUAGCCUCAUUUUUCCUAAUCCUUCUUCCCUUACUUUCCAUCCUCUUCCUAACCCAAAAAGCUUCAAAACCCAAAAAUCAAUCAUCUCCGCCACCCUCCACCACCAUCAGCCUCCCAAGAUCCUACCCUAUAAUCGGUUCAUUCUUGGCCGUGCUUGCUAACCGCAACCGCCGUCUUCAAUGGCUUUCAGACAUCCUCCAACUCUCACCCACCGCUACCUACGUCCUCCAUCGAAACUUUGCCACGCGCCAGGUCCUAACCGCCAACCCAGCCGUCGUCCAGCACAUCCUCAAGACCCACUUCCACAACUACGGCAAGGGAGACAAUUUCCACCGAACCUUCGAAGACUUCCUCGGCCAAGGCAUCUUCAACGUUGACGGCGAGCCCUGGAAGUUACAAAGACAAGUCGCCAGCCACGAAUUCAACACCAAGUCUCUGCGCAAGUUCGUCGAGAUCGUCGUGGACACCGAGCUCUCUGACCGCCUCAUCCCUAUCCUCUCCUCGGCUGCCGCAACAGGAACUGUCAUAGACUUCCAGGACAUUCUUCAAAGGUUCGCCUUUGAUAACAUAUGCAAAAUCGCUUUCGGAUUCGACCCCGCCUACCUCUUGCCCUCUCUUCCAGAAACCAAGUUCGCUCAAGCUUUUGAAGAAAGUGUCAAGAUCAGCAGCGAGAGGUUCAAUGCGCCAAUCCCAUUCCCAAUCGUUUGGAAAAUCAAGAAGCUGUUGAAUAUUGGGUCCGAGAAGCGCCUGAGAAUCGCAGUCUCAGAAGUUCAAGAAUUUGCAAAGAACAUAAUAAGAGAAAAGAAGCACGAGCUCAGAGAGAAGGCGUCGCUCGAUUCCGUCGACCUCUUGUCAAGGUUCCUGAGCUCCGGCCACACGGAUGAGAAAUUCGUGGCCGACAUAGUGAUAAGCUUCGUACUUGCUGGGCGUGACACAACCUCCUCGGCUUUGACAUGGUAUCUUUGGCUACUCUCCGAGAACCCGCAUGUCGAAUCCGAGGUUCUCAAGGAAAUCAAAGAGAAAUCCGAAGUGCCUGUCUAUGACGAAGUCAAAGACAUGGUCUACACUCACGCUUCUCUAUGUGAAAGCAUGCGUUUGUACCCGCCUGUCCCGUCGGACUCGAAGGAGGCCUUGAACGACGAUGUUUUGCCGGACGGGACGGUGGUGAAGAAGGGGAUGAGAGUGACGUACAUGCCGUACGCGAUGGGGAGAUUGGAGACGCUGUGGGGGUCUGACUGGGCUGAGUUCAAGCCCCAGCGGUGGCUGGAGAGGGACGAGGCGGAGAAUAGGCAGUGGAGGUUCGUGGGGAGGGACGCGUAUACUUACCCAGUAUUCCAGGCGGGGCCGAGGAUUUGCUUGGGGAAGGAGAUGGCUUUCUUGCAGAUGAAGAGGGUGCUGGCGGGGAUUCUCAGGAGGUUCAAGGUGGUGCCGGCUGUGGGGGAAGGUGUGGAGCCUGAGUUUGUUCAGGUAUUGACAGCCAAAAUGAAAGGUGGGUUUCCGGUGAGGAUAGUGGAGAGGGAUGUUCAGAACCAGUGAUAUGUAGAUGAGGCUUUUGCCUUUUAGUUUGGAUAAUAGGUUUUUAUUUUAGCCGAUUGUACUUUU